AUGUCCAAAAGAUUCGUCGAUAAAGACCAGGAAAUCGUUUAUUUUAAUGACACCUAUAAAAAAUCAUUCGGCAAAACGAUCCCCAUCGUCGACGCCAAGCACAUAAAUAAAAUCGAUUCCCGAAAGAAAACUAAACAUGUUCCAACCUCUCGGGACGUUCUAAACGAUUUUUUGGAGAGCACUUCCAUUCACGGUUUACAAUACUUCGGUAAAAUCGACAUAAAAGUCGGAACCUUCGGGAAGAUCUUAUGGACCUGCACCAUGCUCACCGGGUUCUUGUGUUUAAGCCUGAUGGUGAUGCAGUUCUUACAACGAUACAACGAUAAUCCGACCAACACAUAUGUAAGAUCAUUUUACAAUCCGAUCUUCAAGGCGCCGUUUCCAGCCGUCACGAUUUGCCCAUUCUCGCCGAUUUCUUUGCAGAGAAGACUGAAGAUCGUUGACGGUAUUAACAUACCUGAAAAUAUGACCGAGGAGAGUGUACUGAAUCUUCUAAAAUACAGUCAUCAUAUAACGCUCCCAUUCACGAUGAAAAAAUACGACGAGAUCAAGGAGCUGAAGGCACUUUUGGACGCGAAUCAGUGGACCGUGUCGAACUUCCUGAAAAUCCUGAAACCCUGCGAGGAUGUGACCAAUUCGUGUUGGUGGAGCGGCGAACGUAUCGAUUGCGACCAGUCCAUUAAGAUCUCCCACACUUCUUACGGGCUCUGUUGCUCCUUUAAUUAUCUUCUUGAAGAAUAUGUGGGCCGCGAGAAGCAAGUGCUUGUACACCAUAGCAUGGAUUUUCCAGGUCUCAACACAAAAGCGUACAUUCUGCAGAAAGACCGCCAAUUUGAGAUCGGUAUACAGCCAACAAUGAUCGAAAAGCCAGUCGGCCUGUAUCAUCUGAACAAGGAAAAAAAGGUCGUUCCAGUCUGCAUUCCGGACAGCGCCAACACUCUGGAUUACUUUCCAACCUAUCGGUACUCCAACUGCUACGCGAACUGCCGGAUCAGACGGAUGAUUCAGAUCUGCGGAUGCCUGCCGUUCAUCUACGAUCACUUGACCGAUUACUAUCACAUCAAACCGUGCGAGAUAGACGGUCUGGCCUGCAUCCAGGACAACUCGAUGGAUUUAAGUAUCGUCAGUGACAUCAACACGGCGAAUUUCACCUGCUCCUGUCGAACACCAUGCGAGGACGUGAAUUACGAAGCCUCUACCAACUCGGUGGUUCUCAUGAAAACACAAUCGUCAGCGAGUUAUAAUAACCAGACCACAGGCAGAGCCAUUUUAAAAAUCUUCAUGCACUCGCAAGUUUUCAUGAGCAUGGAGACCCUGGCAGCUGCCGACGAGGUGUAUCUUUUGGCGUCGAUAGGCGGAAUCUUCAGUCUGUUCCUCGGCUGCAGCUUCCUAAGCCUCGUGGAGAUUCUUUAUUUCAUCGUCAUAUUCGGACGCGCGACAUACUCCCGUCGAAAGACCAAAAAGCGCCGAAAGAAAACCAAAUGGAUAACAUAG